AUGUCCUGUACCAUGAUUACCCUUUCCCCUAUCAUUGCCCUGGUUGGACUGGUUGGAAAUGCCAUAGUGCUGUGGCUUCUGGGCUUCCACAUGCAUAGGAGUGUCUUCUCUGUCUACAUCCUUAACCUGGCUGGGGCUGACUUCCUCUUUCUCUGCUUUCAAAUUGUACAUUGCCUUCAUAUUAUCUUGGACAUCUUCUACUUCAAGACCAUUGACAUUCCUCUGUUUUCUUUUGUGCUGUUAAACUUUACUUAUCUUUGUGGCCUGAGCAUGCUCAGCGCCAUUAGCACUGAACGAAGCCUGUCUGUCAUGUGGCCCAUCUGGUAUCGCUGCCAACGGCCAAGGCACACAUCUGUUAUCAUAUGUACUGGCCUUUGGAUCUUGUCACUACUGCUGAGCCUCUUGGAAGGGAAUGAAUGUGGCUUCUUAUUUCAUAGUGUUGACCAUGGUUGGUGUCAGACAUUUGAUUUCAUCACUGCUGCAUGGUUAAUUUUUUUAUUUGUGGUUCUCUUGGGGUCCAGUCUGGCCUUAUUGGUUACUAUCUUUUGUGGCUCACACAGGAUUCCUGUGACCAGGCUGUAUGUAACCAUUGUAUGUACAGUGCUGGUCUUCCUGCUCUUUGGUCUGCCCUAUGGGAUCUACCAAUUUCUCUUAGAAUGGAUUGAAAAUUUUAAUUAUGUUGUGCUUUAUGAUUUUUAUUCAGUGACAAUAUUUCUCUCCUGUGUUAACAGCUGUGCCAAUCCCAUCAUUUACUUCCUUGUUGGCUCCAUUAGGCAUCGUAGGUUCCAAUGGAGGGCUCUCAAGCUACUUCUGCAGAGAGCCAUGCAGGACACCCCUGAAGAGGAAGAAUGUGGAGAAGGUGGUUCUUCAGGAAGAUCUAGAGAAAUGAAAACAGUCUAG